UAGACCCUGGAUCUCGGCCACAAUCCCGACCAUCUGGAUGCUACAUCAGCACACUUUUGUGGUCUGCAUGCAACGGUUCAACACCACAUUCCAGAAAACUGAUCCCAAAAACUGCCUUUUAACAACAAAAGCAGCAACGAGACGAGACGAACCCCUUCUUUUCUCCAACACCAACCAGUCAACACGGUCAAAAUGAAGACUAGCCAAGUCGCCGCUGUCCUGGUCCCCGUGGCCACGGUCAACGCCCAGUGGUGGGGAGGAGCCCCUCAGUGCGCUUCCUCGUGCAUGUCCUCGGCCUGGAACAACCCUACGUCGUGGCCCGAGCCCACGUCGCUGUGCGCCGGCAGCACCCCGGCCGUGGCCACGUGCGUGCAGUCGGCCUGCGCGGCCACCCCCACCGUCUGGUCGUCGUACUCGUCGCUGUCCAGCAGCCUCUGCAGCAAGUACGCCUCGUGCACUUCGGGCGGCACCGGCGCCGUGCGCACCAUCACGGCCACGGGCGGCACCUGGAACGGCGGCUGGUGGAACGACGCCAACAAGUGGGGCGGCCCCGACGGCAAGGGCUGGAACGGCAACGGCAAGGGCGGCUGGAAGCGCGACGGCCCUCACGGCUUCGGCGGUCCCGGCGGUGCUGGCGGUCCUGGAGGUCCCGGAGGCCCCGGAGGCCCCGGCGGCAAGGAUUGGCCCAAGACGCUCACCUCGGGCCAGGUCUACACCGUCACGGGCUGCGACUGGAACGACGGCUACUGGGGCGGCUUCGGCUGGGGCGUCGGCAAGGGCGGCCCCUGGGGCUGGGGCACCGGCUGGACCGCCCAGGCCACGUCGACCGGCAUGGUCACCAAGACCUGGACCGCCGGUGGUAGCGCCUUCACCACCACGGCCCCCGCCACCUUCGCCGUCGCCGUCAGCGGCUCCGUGACCUCGACCGCCACCCUCGGACUUGCCCAGCAGGCCGAGGCCACCGGGACCCCUGGGACCCCCGGGACCCCGGCCCCCAACGCCGCCGCCGGCAGCAACUCGGGCGUCAAGGUUGCCGGCGCUGCCCUUGCUGGCUUUGUCGGUGUUGCCCUCGCCCUCUAGGCGGCAUUUCGCAUCGUCAACCUUCUUGUCUAAAGGAGUUUAGGCUUUCACUUCCCGGCCGCCUUUCAACAUGCACCCUCCUUUUAUCCGACUCGACAUGAUUACUUUUUCUUUUCUUUACCUUCCUUAUACUAUUAUGAGCAUAUCCAGCAACGUCUUUUUUUGGAGUUUGGCUUUUGAAAGAUCCCCCUUCCUUUAGUUUCGGUAGAGCAUGACUGCACUUUCCUUUAGGUGGACAAAACACGGACCGGCCAGGAAAGCGGGGUGGCCUUGGUAAUGGUCUGGCUUUGGAGCUGGUAUACGAGGCAUGACGGAUGGUAAUAGAGGGAGAAGUGGUAAAGAUAGGACUCGAGUUUGGCUUUUCCGAUUCUUGUAUCACCCUUUAUUGGUAUUUCAUAAUAUCUUUCCCAUGCGGUCGCGCUCAUCAAGUGAACUGACACGGGGACGGCCCCGGACGUUUUAACAUGCGCCCAGCAGCAACUACCCAAGGUAGAUACGGAUAGACAUAUUGAUACUUGCCAUACCGCAGUGUCUACUUUGGGACCGAGAAGCAUAACAGGAUUGUCCUACAGGCACUGACAACACACGACCCAGGGAGACAAACCUAGUUCAGUAAUUCUAAUAUAUUAGAUAUACGAAACAAGACAAGAAAAAGGUUGUGGUGG